AUGCCGCCCAAGAAGGCCGUCAAGGAGGAAAAAAUCCUCCUGGGCCGGCCUGGCAACAACCUGAAGAGUGGAAUCGUCGGUCUCGCCAACGUGGGAAAGUCGACGCUCUUCCAAGCCAUCACCAAAUGCCAUCUGGGUAACCCCGCCAACUUCCCCUUCGCUACCAUCGAACCCGAAGAAUCUCGAGUCAUCGUCCCUGAUGAGCGGUACGACUGGCUGUGCGAGAAAUACAACCCCAAGUCCCGCGUUCCUGCACAUCUCACCAUCUAUGAUAUCGCUGGCUUGACCCGGGGCGCCUCAAAGGGCGAGGGUCUGGGAAAUGCCUUUUUGUCCCAUAUCCGUGCUGUUGAUGCCAUCUUCCAGGUCGUACGAUGCUUCGAUGACGCUGAAAUUAUUCAUAUUGAGGGUGAUGUUGACCCCGUGCGGGAUCUGACCAUCAUCAGCGACGAGUUGCGCAUCAAGGAUAUCGAGUUCACCGAGAAGGCGCUCGAGGCUCAGAAGAAGUUGACACGCCGUGGUGGUCAAUCUCUCGAGAUGAAGAAGCUCAAGGAGGAAGAGGCAUGCAUCGAAAAGGUCCUCGCUCUCCUCCAAGGGGGCGGUGACGUCCGAAAGGGCGAUUGGAGUGCCAAGGAGAUCGAGUACAUAAACCCUCUCUUCCUCCUUACCGCCAAGCCAGUCGUCUACCUCAUCAACUUGAGCGAGAAGGACUACAUCCGAAAGAAAAAUAAGCAUCUCGCCAAGGUCAUGGAAUGGAUCAAGGAGCACGCCGCCGGCGACCCGAUCCUCCCCAUCUCCAUCUGCCUUGAGGAGCGCCUCUCCCAAUUCGAGGGCGGAAGUGACAGCCCCGAAGCCUUGGCCGAACUCAAGACCCUCGGGGUCGAGUCAGCCCUUCCCAAACUCAUCACUACUAUGCGCAAGGUCCUCAACCUAGGCAGCUUCUUCACAACCGGUACCGACGAAGUCCGUCAAUGGACCAUUCGGAACGGUACCAAAGCUCCCCAAGCUGCUGGUGUAAUUCACGGUGAUUUUGAGAAGACGUUCAUUCAAGCCAUUAUUUACAACUUUACGACUCUUAAAGAGUACGGUGACGAAGCUGAGAUCAAGGCCAAGGGCAAGAUUCAAACGAAAGGAAAAGAUUACGUGAUGGAGGAUGGUGAUAUCGCAUUAUUCAAGUGUGGAGCUGCAAAGGGAUAA